ACAUGGCGGUCUAACAUUCUUGCUUUUACUCACAGAAGUCAUGAUAAUUUGUCUCUCUUUCGCUUCUUGUAGAUAAAUUUGAGCGACCGUCAAAGAGAAACAAGAAAAUACUGAUUUCAAACUAUUCAAAAAAUGUCGAGUGAAGAGAAUGUAGAAAACGUUAGAGCGCCAGAAGUGGUGACAAUAAAUGUUGCUCGCUGCAAAAACCUGAAAGGAUCCAAGGGAGAAGCCAUUAGCUCUCUGGUUCGUGUUGAGUUUGGAAGUGUCUUACUUGGAGAAUCAACAAAAGUAGAAGCAAAUACCGAGACCUUCACGACAGAGUACAACUUCAAUGCUACGUUUGAAUGCUCAUUUGAUGAUCCAACUCAUCUGGACUCCAUAGCCCACAAACCUGUCAUUAUAACCGUAACUGAAGUGUUACCAAAGGACAAGAAAGGAAAGGAAGAGAAGACCAAUAUACUUGGUCAGACCUGUGUUGACUUACUUCCUUUAUUACAGGGUGAGUCAACUUUCACGGUGGUUCAGUCAGUUCAGCCAGUCAACAAUCUAAAUCCUUUACCUGCUGAUACAAGUCUAGAGCAAACCUUGCCUGAAAUUGAAAUUACAGUUUCUGUUGCUCAGCCACUUUUACGAGAAGCCCAACUUGAUUUAAGCAACCUUGUCAGUGUUUGUGUAGACAGUGCUUACUCAAUACCAGAGGCUAUGCAGCCAGCCCAACCAUUUUUGUAUACUGUAAGCUUACCUAUUCCUCUUUCUGCUGAGAAAGAAAAUACAGUAGUAUUACCAAAUGGCAUCUUGAGGACACCUGGUGAGAAGGAACCAGCUAACCAGCGCAAAUGGAGCUCUGCUCCUAGUGCCUCAGGGACCUCUAUAUAUAUACCUGCAAGUGCUGUUCAUGAAGAAAUUGCUGUAGAUGAAGAAGAUGGUGACCUUAAAGAAAAAGAGGAUGUGCAGUUUAGGCUUGAAGCCAUGCAUGAGAAAAACCACAUCACAUGGAAUGCUGAGAGGAGAUGUUUUCUUAGUUCAGAGGCUUCUGAAAGCCUUCAAGCCAAGAUUGCUCAGAACAGAUAUUGGCCAAUAGAAAUCAUGCGCACUCCAUUACCUCAAACCACCAAGUCUAAAGGUAAACAGACAGCAUCAGAAGAAGAAGUGGCAAUAUCGUAUCAUGGAGUAGCAUAUGUCAAUAUGGCACCUCUACUUUACCCUGGUGUUACAAGGAUUCGUGGUGCAUAUCUAGUGAAACCAUACCUGGAGAAUGAAGUACUGGAAAAGACUAAAAGAAAGGGGAACCUAGCAGAGGAGGCAGCACGUAUAGCAAGUGGGAUGAGUAGAACCCUUGCAUCUGCUAUGGCACAGAAGCUGCCUGCACCUUCCAAGCAGGGGAAAAAUGAGCCCAAACCCAAGCCUUCAGCAGCUGCACUCAAGCCAGAAAUGGGUUCUGAUAUCGAUACAACUGAAAUGAAAAACGUUGAAGGACAGCAAUACCUUGAAGCCAGGACAUUCAUUACUUUAGAGAUUAAACUGUCUAAUCCACUUGUUCCUAAACGUCCACCUUCAUCCUUGGCUCGAAAGGUUGCUGAGUACAUUCCUCCUCGCCCAGUUUUUGCUCGUAAAACUGGAGGAUCCAAGAAGGCCAUUGAAGACUACCACAACCAAGUUACGGUUGCAGCCAACUCGUUGCUCGAAGAAUUUAGGCAAAUGUUUGGGAACGAUUUGAUGGGAGGAGAUUUUCAAGAAACCAAUGAAACAGCUGAUCAUAGGAGACGGAAAAUUAUUUAUGAACUCAACACUUCUGGGAAGUAUUUCGCUUUCAAGGAACAGCUGAAGCUCAGUGUAAUCAAACUGGUGCGUGAGAAAUACUUGAAGACUUCCGCCUUCACUGAUAAGGAAGAGCUACAAGCAUUCCUCAGCGAGUUGUAUAUUUUUCUUGUCGAUCAGAUGCAUCAAGCACUAAGCAAGUUCCUGUCAGCGGAUGAUUCACCAGAAGAGCCGCCACCUGUCACUGACUCAGCCAUGUUGAAGCACUUUGCCAGAGAAGCAGAGGUGAAUCAGAACUACGAACUAGCAGCAAAAUACUAUCAAGAGCGUCUUGCUCGAAGUAAGAACGAUGCUAGUCACUGGUUUGAUUAUGGAGCUUUCUGCCUCUUGAUUGGCGACAUUGCAAAGGCAGAAGAAUGUUUUAAAGAGACCAUUGCACUCAAUCAAAGACAUGUUUCUGGGCUUCUGCUGUAUGGAUGUGUUAGUCUAAUGCUGGAGCGUUACGAAGAAGCAGAAACUUUCCUUGAAAACGCUACUUGUGUUGAACCUAAAAAUGUCGUAGCUUGGACCUUGCUAGGGCUAUAUUACGACAGCAUACAAAACGAUAUCGGAGCAGAGAGAGCUUUCCUCGAGGCUAACCGUCUCAAUGUGGUCCACCCAGUUCAAACGGAGCGACCUCCCUCUACGGAGCAGCAACUUGUUGGUGACGUAGAAUCUACUGGUCAUAUCAUUGAGGACACAACUGCUGCUGAAGACGAAAUACAUACUGUCCGUAGUGAGAUACCAGAGGUCCAGGUCGAUAAUGUUUCUACUGACGAUAAUCCACCUCAAACACAAGAAACCGAGCAAGAAAAACAAGAUGAGAUGCCUCCAAGCACAGCUGGUCAGCAGUCAUCCACCGUCAUCGCUUCGGAAACGCAACUAUCAAAACAUCCAAGUCUAUCCAAGCCACAGACUCAGUCAUCCUCGUUUAAUGGCCCUUCUAAACCAGGGUCUGCUCCUGCAAGCGCUGCGGAGAGUACUACGGUAGUCCAGGAGAACGAGGCUACCGCUGAAGUUGUUGUAGAAGAAGUAAAACCUCAAGAAACGAAGUCGAGUGUUGGAAUCUUUUUGCAAACAGCAACUUUUCUCUUGGAAGUCAACGCUUUACAGUUGGCCGAAUCAGCCUUGGCGCACGAGCUCGUAGCUUGUUCAGGUGAACCAAGUGCAGAAUACUACAUUACACUAGGUCGUUUAAAGAUACAACAGAUGCAGUACGAAGAAGCAGAAGAUAAACUAAAACAAGCAAUAGUUCUGAACCACCAGAACCCAGAUUGUUGGGCUUUGAUUGGACACCUAAAUUACUUGAUGGGCAAAACAGAAGAAGCCAGAGAAAACUAUGAAAGAACUCUGUCUUACAUUACUGAAGCCUCAGACAUGCAUGCCAUUUACCUCAGAUUGGCUUCUAUUUACCUCGAGAAAGGACAGUUUCAACAAGCAAAAGAUACCUUUCUUAAAGCCUGCGUCAGAUCUCCAUCCUGUGUAUCAUGGCUGGGCGUUGGUAUUGCCAGUUACAGGCUUGGUGACUUGAUGGAAGCAGAGGACGCCCUGUCCGAGGCAAACAUCCUUAAUAAUAAAGAUCCUGAAGUAUGGGGCUAUCUAUCAUUGGUGUGCUUGAAUACGACAAGGCAGCUUGAGGCAGAACAAGCUUAUAAAUACGCACUUAAGCUAAACCUAAAGGACGAAAAUCUACUGAAUGAAAUCCACGACGUCCAGGAACGAGUUGGGUUUGGGAAUCCCAUCGUGGCAUAACUAACAACUCACCUUAUGGGAACCCUGUGGAUAGGUCAUCUGGAAUACUGUUCACAAACACAUUUGAGGAAGAUUUGGUUUGUAAUUUAUUGUAAUAUAGCCCUGUGGUACAUGACUGCGGAAUUGGUAACCCUUGUAUUAGCUUAUUUUUAACAUAGACAGCACCAAAAGUCAGGUUGGAAACGAGUGAUAUAUUUCUUCACUUUUUGUAAUUAGUUGAAUUAAUUAAAAAGAAUUUUUUGAUUAA